CACAGGAUAGACGAUAAACCAUCAAUGCGAAUCAAUCCCCAAACACAAAGCAACAUGUCUCUACUAAACAUCUGCAUCUUUGCAAUUCUCAGCCUGCAUUUCCCUCUGCUGACAAAUCAGUCGUGCAUGAAGGGGAGACCAAAACAGUGCCUGGAGGCAGAAUUUGCUCCAGGUAUAAAUUUGGCUGGUGAAGGCUUCGACAUCACCACCAUGGCACGCAAAGGGGCCUAUGUGAUCAACAUGAAUCACUGGAAACGCAAAGACAAGACCUGCACCCUGUGUAGGAACACCUUUAUGGAGGACAAACUGCAAAAGCUGCCCUUGUCAGUGGUCGACUGGAGAGCAAUGCAGUCCUGCAACAGCAAAGUGGUCAGUAAACUUUACAGAUCCAGCGAGUCUCUGGUCAGUAGCAGCACUUCGUCUGUUGAAAACAACUGGCAGGUCAAUUUAGAUUUUAAAUUGGGGAAGAUUGGUGCCUCACUCAUGCUUGCUGGUACCAACUCAAAACUGUCUGAUUACUCCAUGGCAAAAACAAAGAAUGACAAAUUCAGCUUCACAAGCCAGAGCAUGGCCUGUGAGUACUACAGCUACAGAGUGUCCGGUAGACCGAAGCUGCACAGGGAAUUUUUGAAAGCAGUGAAAGAUCUACCCAAAAUCUACAGCCCUGAGCAGAAGCAACCAUAUUACAAACUAAUUGACAACUUCGGUACCCAUUACAUCACCAAGGUGAAACUGGGAGGAAGUGUUGAAUCUGUGACCAGCAUUAGGCAGUGCCAGGCCAGCCUCCAGGGCCUCAGUAUUGAUGAGGUGCAGAUGUGCCUGGAAGUCGAGGCAGCGGCAACCUACCAUGCUACGAUAUCAACUAAAAACAAGCACUGCAAAAAGGACAUUGACAAAACAGAAAACAAGGCAGCCUUUUCCAGUCUCUUCAAUGACAGGUUUACAGAAAUAAAGGGUGGCCACACAACAGAGCCAGACCUUCUCUUUUCUGCUGACAAAGAUCCAUCUGCCUAUAAAGAGUGGUUGAAAACCUUACCAAAGAAUCCAGACAUAAUCUCAUACUCCCUUGACUCUCUGCAUGAGUUACUGCCCAAGAACGACACUGUGCGGUCAAACUUGCGCACUGCACUAGGCCAUUACAUCCUUGAGAAAGGCUUGUGGAAGAACUGCAGUAGCAAAUGUAAUGCUGGUGUCAAGAGUGAUGCGAAGGACUCCUGUGUCUGCCAAUGCCACAAUGAUCCAGCUGUAAACCAAGACUGCUGCCCCACCCACAGGGGUAUGGCACAGGUCAUUAUAACUGUCCAACGGGCCUCUGGUCUUUGGGGGGACUACUUCAGUUCCACGGAUGGCUAUGUGAAAGUGUUUUUUGACGACAAAAUGGUCCAGCAGUCCCCUGUCAUUCAUAACAACAACAACCCACGCUGGGGAAUGAUCGCCCCCCUUGGCAGCAAGGAUCUGUCAUUGCGCAAGAAAGUGAGAUUUGAAGUGUGGGACCGGGACAACAAGUGGGACGAUGAUCUGUUGGGAAAAUGUGAGUGUGCUCUGUCCGCCGGAGUCAAGGAUGAUCUCUGUAGUCUCAAGCAUGGUCAGCUCUUCUUCAAAUGGGAGGUUAAAUGUGCUCCUAGUCUCAGCGGACAAUUAUGCAUGAACUACAAACCUACACCUAUGAAUCCAAGUCUGCAGAAGUUGUAUGUGUCUCGCCAUGCUCUUCCUAUUCCAAAGGCCAUGCUGUUAGAGAUGGGCGUGUUCGUGGACCAAAUUAGCUCUCAGACAAACCAGAGUCUGAGCACAGAGUUUCCAGUGGUUGAUGUGAUAUAA